AAUUUAUAUUUUCUUAUAGAACUUAAUCAUAUAAGUUUCUCUGUAUACUCUAGAUAUCUGGAAGUUGACAAGAUGUGGGGUGCAGAUGAUGAUGAUGACAACGGAGGACGUUUUGCGUCUCGUCCUAACUCGAGAGAUGACCACGGGAGGGGUAGACGAAGAGGAUUUCGAAGGGGUGGGACCCGAGGACAAGGCAGAGGAGGUGCUACGGGUGGAGAUAACGUCAUGGGGAGAAGACAGAACAGGAGGGAAGGAAGUCGUGAUAGAGGAGACGCCAUGAUGGCUGACAGAUUCAGGGGAGAUAACUUCCGAAGAGGAGGAAGGGACACAGAAGGAGCGAGAGGAAGGCGGCAUGAUGGAGAGAGAGGAGCUGGAAGGGAAGUUGGAGGCCAAAGAGGCGGUAACAGAGGAGGCCCAUUCCGCCAGCGCUACAACGACAGGCAACAAGCCGGACAGCGAGGCGAUCGGCCUAGAGGCCGUGGUCAAAGAGGGGGCCACAUGGAUCAAAACGUAGCUGGAUCUAGAAGAGAGGGCUAUCGGACACAGGAAAAUACUAGAUAUGGACAGACCCAAGGAAGAUACCCGAAGAACCAAGGUAACUUCAGACCGCUUAGUUCCAGACUUCUCAGGGAAAUACUUGAAAAAGACCCUUCCGAGGCCGCUACAGAACUUGGGUCCCUGAAAGGAAACCUUCAAGUGGGUCUCAACGAAGAUGUGAUGAAUGAGGUACAACAGCAUCUCCUUUGGGAGGCUCUAGCAUUUAUUUGUGGAGCUCUAGGUGCAGAACAAACAGUGAUCAUGCUCCUGACAAUGGCCCUCGACUCCAAACUCUGUCGUCAGCAUUUACUCACGUUUUUGACCAAUCUCAGGCGUCCAAGAGAGAACAUCGGCGCAAGGCGGUUAAACCUUUUGAAGAAUGUCAUCACUGUCUUCCACUCAGCCAUGCAAAGUUUGCCAAGCCGUGCUUCAGAUCUCAAAGUUGCAGUCACUCUCAUCUCCGAUGCUGUAGCAGACAUGGAUGAAGACGACAAACGUGAUGACAUCAUGGAGUCAAUAAAGUCGUUGAGUAGUCACAUUGAGGACAUUGAAAAAGAGAGGGAAAAAGAACCCACCCCCUGA